AUGGAUAUCCACCGCUGCCGGUUUGUGCCCUACAAGCCCUCGGCCGUCAAUGCGGUAGCCUUCUCGCACCCCAAGACCAAGUCCGCAAAGCAAGGCUCUGUGGCGCGGCUGGCCGUUGGGCGAGCAAACGGCGAUAUUGAGAUAUGGAACCCUUCAAGCGGUGCAUGGCACCAAGAGCUUGUCAUUCGUGGCGGCCGGGAUCGCAGCAUUGAUGGCCUUGUCUGGGUCAACGAGCCGGAUCAGGACCUUGGCGAUGGCAAGAUUGCCGUGGGCAAGUCGCGCCUCUUCAGCAUUGGAUACACGUCCACGGUGACCGAGUGGGAUCUCGAAAAAGGAAAACCCAAGCGACAUGCGAGCGGGCAGCACGGCGACAUUUGGUGCCUCGCCGUCCAGCCUCCAGCCCUGAGCGGUGCCUCGGAUGAUCUUCACUCCAACAAGCUGAUUGCUGGAACGAUUGAUGGCGAGCUGGCCAUGUACUCGAUCGAGGAUGAUGACCUCCGCUUCCAACGAGUUGUUGUUCGAUCCCCCGCGAAGAAGGCGCAGAUGGUCAGCAUCACGUUCCAGUCACGCAAGAUUGCUGUUGUGGGCUGCUCGGAUAGCACCAUUCGAAUCUACGAUGUUACAAAGGGACACAUGCUCCGCCAUAUGACGCUGGGCGCGGAUCUGGCUGGAGGCGCGAAAGAUAUCAUUGUGUGGUCGGUCAAGUGCCUGCCCAACGGUAAUAUUGUGUCGGCCGACUCAACAGGCCAAGUCUGCAUCUGGGAUGGCAGGACCUACACUCAAUCUCAGAGACUGCAGAGCCACAAACAGGAUGUCCUCAGUCUCGCGAUUAGCGCUGAUGGAUCGGCAAUUAUCAGCGGUGGAAUGGACCGCCGUACCGUUCUCUACAAGCAGAAUGCUGGACCAGGCAACCGCUGGUCCAAGGUUUGGGGACGAAGAUAUCACGACCACGAUGUCAAGACCAUAGCAUCAUUUGAGAAUGGCCGCACAAGCGUCGUGGUAACUGGAGGACCCGAUUCAAACCUCAUGUUGGUUCCUCUGAGAGAAAUGGGCCGCGAAAACCACCGAACGAUUAGCAAUCUUCCACAGCAGCCGCCCAUCUUGAGCGCACAAAAGGCCAGAUUUAUUACUAGCUGGUGGGAUAGAGAAGUUCACAUCUGGGCUCUGCGGAAACCCGCUACAGAAAUAUUCAACCAGACUGGAGAGGAAGAAGAAGACGACGUUGACAUCAACAAGAAUCGCAAACUCCUCAAGACAAUUGUAGUCAAGGGCGAUUCCAAUAUCAGCUCUGCUACAAUAAACCCAGAGGGAACCCUACUCAUUGUAUCUACAUCAAUAGACAUCAAAGCCUUCCGGCUGGAGCACCAGGACCCUGUCAAACCCUCCGACGUCAAGCUAUCCGCCAUUGAGCUCCCAGAGAAGCUGAAAAUCGCUGGAGCCACACAGGUGCAGCUAUCACCUGAUGGCAAAUGGCUGUGCGCUCUCAAAGAGGGCUCUCGUGUUAUCAUGGCUAGUCUCGAAGAGACUGACGGGCCUCUGCAAUUUACCACCGCCUUGCAGCGACUUCCCCGCCUCCGGCGCCAUAUUCCACGAUACGUCAAGAAUGGAGGAUUGGGAAGCUACGAAAGGAAUAUUACUCACAUCUCAUUCACCGCUGACUCAAAGAUGGUUGCGGUAGCCGAUAUUGCUGGUUACAUCGACACCUGGGUAUUACGUGGCCCGGACGAGAAUCUGCAGGACAAGAUCGAAGCGGAUGGGGAAAAUGACGCGGCACCAUCAUCUGAGAGCGAAAGCGACAGCGAUAGUGACCAGUCGGAUGACGAAGAGAGCCCAGCUAGCAGCGUCAAAGCCCGUUGGAUUCGCAAUCCAAGCGCAAACCAGCUGCCCAAGCUCCCAUCGGCCCCCGUCGUUCUGUCAUUCUCGGGAUUUGUACCCAGUGACGAGACGAGCGGAGUGGAUGCUGUCAAAGACUACACCCUCGCGGUGGUUACAGCCUCGUGGAACGUGUUGACUUUCCAUCCUCUGCAAGGCCUGCUCACACCAUGGUCACGCAGACACCCCCGGAAAGCCCUUCCAGCGGCCGUCCAAGACCUCCUCGACUUGGCUAAAGGUGCCAUGUGGCAGGGAUCCCGCCUUUGGAUCUACGGUAUUUCGUUUCUGCUGAUGCUUGACAUUGCUCAGGACUUGCCGAAACCUGUCUCGGAGAGUGAUGCUGUCGUCAGCCAAGGAGCUCAGCCCGGCAUGAAGCGCAAGCGAACCGGCCACGCCAGCGGUGCUGGAGGCAAGAUGACCCAUGAAAACCUCGCACCACACCGUAUCGGCAAAUAUGUAGACGGACAGUGGGUGAAUAUCGACGUGGAUACUGCUUCUCCCCACGAAGAUGGCAGUGACAGUGACGACGACAUGCCUGACGCUCCCGAGGGCGACUUGGCGCAACUUCGCAAUCCCAGCGGUAACAGCAACAGCGCAGGGGAUAUUGAAACCGAGACUGACCGCAAGAGCUGGUGGAUAACCUACAAGUACCGCCCCGUCCUUGGUAUCGUAUCCCUCAACGCGGCGGACCAGCCUUUGGAGGUCGCACUAGUGGAGAGACCAACAUGGGAUGUGGAGAAGCCCGAGAGAUAUUAUGCUGGAGAGGAAUGGGAGAGGUGA